AUCGCUCGGCGGGCGGCGGGGGAGCAGUGGCGCCCCAAAAACCGCGGCGAGGCGCAGCGGGAGAGAGCGGCGGAGCCGCCCCGCUCUCUGAUCGCCCCUCCGCCAAGGCAGCCGGAGACGGGGGGAGAGAGGCGCAGAGGGAGCCGGGGCACGGCGGCGGAGCGGCCGGGGAUGCCGCCGCGCAACUUGCGCUGAUGCCCCGGGGAGCGUGAGGAGGCGGCCGGCCCCUCUGCUCUGCUCUCCUCUCCUCUCCCCUCCCCGCCCCCGGCGGCGUGGCAGGACCCUCCGCCAUGGCAAACUGAAGCCCCUCGGCGCUGCGUCCGGCCGGGGAUGCGGGGCCCCGCGCGGCGGGGACGGCGGAGGGGGCAGCCGAGGACGGAGCCGCCAAGGACGGAGCCGCCGAGGACGGAGCCGCCGAAGGAGCCUCUGCGGGGCUGAGGGCGCCGGGAGGAGCGGUGCGCGACCCCCGCCGCCGCCGCUGCCUCGAAGUUGCCGGGGCUCGCUCUCUCCCUGCCGCCGGGGCUCUCCCGGUUACCGGAGCUCUCCCGGCGCCGCCGCUCCCCUCGGCAGGGCGGCACGGGGGCUGCCGGCACCGCCGCCCGCCGCCGUGCCCCGGGACCUCGCCGGUGGAUGCGCCGGAGCCAGGCGGGGCGGCGGGCGGUCGGGGCCCCCCCCCGGCGUCCCCCGCUGGCCUGAAGGAGGACGGGGAGGGAGCCUCGGCGGGCCGAGGACGAGGGGAGCCCGGCGGGGACCAGCCAUGGGGUGUCCUGAGGCGAGGGGGCUGCUCUGGAGACUCGGCCUCUUCCUCCCCCUGCUGACUGCGCGCUCCGCCGACGGCGGCCACGGAGCUGCCAACCAAGUUGUGUUGCUUGAUACUACAGCUGCCCUCGGAGAACUAGGAUGGAAAACGUUUCCUUUAAAUGGGUGGGAUGCCAUAACUGAAAUGGAUGAACACAAUCGUCCCAUUCAUACAUACCAGGUAUGUAACGUGAUGGAACCGAACCAAAACAACUGGCUGCGAACAAACUGGAUCUCCCGUGAUGCUGCACAGAAAAUUUAUGUGGAAAUGAAGUUUACCCUGAGGGACUGCAACAGUAUUCCGUGGGUACUGGGAACCUGCAAAGAAACUUUUAAUCUCUACUACAUGGAAUCAGAUGAAUCUCAUGGAUUAAAAUUCAAGCCAAACCAGUACACUAAAAUUGAUACUAUUGCAGCUGAUGAGAGCUUUACCCAGAUGGACUUGGGUGACCGCAUUCUUAAACUCAACACAGAAGUUCGUGAGGUUGGGCCAAUAAACAAGAAAGGAUUUUAUCUUGCUUUUCAAGACAUUGGAGCGUGCAUUGCUUUGGUCUCAGUCCGUGUUUAUUACAAAAAGUGCCCUUUCACGGUCCGUAACUUGGCUGUGUUCCCUGAUACUAUUCCAAGGGUUGAUUCUUCCUCUUUGGUGGAAGUGCGGGGCUCCUGUGUGAAGAGCGCUGAGGAACGUGAUACCCCAAAAUUGUAUUGUGGAGCAGACGGGGAUUGGCUUGUGCCUCUUGGGCGAUGUAUCUGCAGUGUAGGAUAUGAAGAACUCGAUGCUUCCUGCCACGCUUGCAGGCCUGGAUUCUAUAAAGCAUUUGCUGGAAAUGUAAAGUGUUCCAAGUGCCCUCCACAUAGUUUGACCUAUGUUGAAGCAACUUCUGUCUGUCAGUGUGAGAAAGGUUACUUCAGAGCUGAGAAAGACCCACCAACUAUGGCAUGUACCCGGCCACCUUCUGCUCCCAGGAACGUGAUUUUUAACAUUAACGAAACAGCUCUCAUGUUGGAAUGGAGCCCCCCAAGUGAUACGGGAGGAAGAAAAGACCUCACUUACAGUGUCAUCUGUAAGAAAUGUGGGUCGGAUGCCAGCCAGUGUGAGAUAUGUGGGGGAGGCAUCCGCUUCAUCCCCAGGCACACAGGUCUCAUCAACUCCUCCGUGACGGUGCUGGACUUUGUGUCACAUGUCAACUACACCUUUGAAAUAGAGGCCACGAAUGGCGUCUCGGAGCUGAGUUUCUCCCCCAAGCAGUUCACAGCUAUCACAGUUACCACGGACCAAGAUGCACCCUCCUUGAUAGGUAUGGUAAGGAAGGACUGGGCUUCCCAAAACAGCAUUGCCCUCUCCUGGCAAGAGCCGGAUUUUCCCCAUGGAGCCAUUCUGGACUACGAGAUCAAGUACUAUGAGAAAGUCUACCCACGGAUAGCGCCGGCAUUUUGGCACUACCUGCGGGUAGAAGAGCAUGAGCAGCUCAGCUAUUCCUCCACAAGGUCCAAGGCUCCAAGUGUUAUCAUCACAGGUCUCAAGCCAGCCACCAAGUAUAUAUUUCAUAUCAGAGUCAGGACGGCAGCAGGAUACAGCGGCUAUAGCCAGAAGUUUGAAUUUGAAACUGGAGAUGAAACUUCUGAUAUGGCUGCGGAACAGGGGCAGAUUCUUGUGAUUGCCACUGCUGCUGUUGGCGGAUUCACUCUCCUGGUCAUCCUCACUUUGUUCUUCCUGAUCACUGGAAGAUGCCAGUGGUACAUAAAGGCCAAAAUGAAAUCUGAAGAAAAAAGAAGGGCUCACUUGCAAAAUGGACAUUUACGUUUCCCAGGAAUCAAAACAUAUAUUGAUCCAGACACAUAUGAAGACCCAUCUCUUGCUGUCCAUGAAUUUGCAAAGGAGAUAGAUCCCUCAAGAAUUCGCAUUGAGAGAGUCAUUGGGGCAGGUGAAUUUGGAGAAGUAUGCAGUGGACGUCUGAAGACACCAGGAAAAAGAGAGAUACCUGUUGCAAUUAAAACUCUGAAAGGUGGCUAUAUGGACAGGCAGAGAAGAGAUUUCCUGAGAGAAGCUAGUAUAAUGGGGCAAUUUGAUCACCCAAAUAUAAUUCGCCUUGAAGGAGUUGUUACAAAAAGAUCCUUUCCGACCAUUGGGGUGAAGUCUCUUUCGAGAUUCCUGAGGGCGGGAUUUUUAAAUAGCAUCCUGACCUCACAUCCAGUGUCAGGGGGUGGAUCUUUACCCCCCAGCAUUUCCUCUGGCAGACCAGUAAUGAUUGUAGUUGAAUACAUGGAGAAUGGAUCCCUUGACUCCUUUCUGCGGAAGCAUGAUGGCCACUUCACAGUCAUCCAGCUGGUUGGCAUGCUGCGGGGAAUUGCAUCAGGCAUGAAGUACCUCUCGGACAUGGGCUAUGUACACCGUGAUCUGGCAGCCCGUAAUAUCUUGGUCAACAGUAACCUCAUGUGUAAAGUCUCCGAUUUUGGUCUUUCACGAGUGUUAGAGGAUGAUCCUGAAGCUGCUUAUACAACAAGUGGUGGAAAAAUCCCCAUACGGUGGACUGCUCCUGAAGCUAUAGCUUACCGUAAGUUCUCUUCAGCAAGCGAUGCAUGGAGCUAUGGGAUUGUAAUGUGGGAAGUGAUGUCCUAUGGUGAGAGGCCAUACUGGGAGAUGUCCAACCAGGAUGUUAUCCUGUCUAUUGAAGAAGGCUACAGGCUUCCAGCUCCCAUGGGCUGCCCAGCUUCUCUUCACCAACUAAUGCUUCACUGCUGGCAAAAGGAGAGGAACCACCGUCCAAAAUUUAGUGAUAUCGUCAGCUUCCUAGACAAACUGAUCCGCAAUCCAAGCACCCUUCAUACCCUAGUGGAGGAUGUACUUGUAAUGCCAGAUUCACCUGGUGAAGUUCCAGAAUAUCCUUUGUUUGUUUCAGUUAGUGAUUGGCUGGACUCCAUAAAAAUGGGUCAGUAUAAAAAUAACUUCAUGGCAGCAGGUUUCACAACUUUGGAUAUGGUUUCAAGAAUGAGCAUUGAUGACGUUAGAAGAAUUGGAGUUGUACUCAUUGGACACCAGAGACGAAUAGUCAGCAGUUUACAGACUUUGCGGUUACACAUGAUGCACAUACAGGAGAAAGGAUUUCAUGUAUGAAAGUACUGGAAUCAACUGUGUUUUGUGCCUCAGCAUUUCUAAAAUGGAAAAUAUUCUCAUUCUUCCCUUCUGCUCUUCCCAACUUCAAGAACUGCAGUCUCCUGGUUAGACUCUAAAAGUUCUUCUAUGUUAAUGCUUCCAAACUGGAAUUUUUAAUCACACUGCAUAGCUCCUCCGUCAGUUAUCUGCCAAUAAAAUCCUGGCCUACUGCAAGACUCUUGCUACACAUUGAUGAAUAACUCAGCAUGGAUGUGUAACUUUGUAUAACAGUAUUUGGGAAACUUUCAUGAACUCACUUGAAAGUAGUAAUCUAUUUGGCCUGGUGUGGCUUCUUUAUCGAUGUAUUUAGAGUUUGCUGGUAGAUCAAAAAGUAUUUGACUUCUUUCAUGUUCUGUGACCAUGUAACUUCCAAUACCAAAUGUGCAAUCAAGAAGUUUCACAUAAAUAUUUAUUUAUCUCUUAUUUUAUCUCUUAAUUAAAUCCAAAUGUAUGGGUCUUAUCGUUAUAUUACUUUAUAAUAGUUUAAAUGCUGGUAAGCCAAUGCCUCAAAAUGCUAGUAUUGUUUGCAGAAAUGACUGAUGAUUUUAUAUAGUGAGUUUUCAUUAUGUAGAUAAUUGGGAGAGUAGUGAAAGAAAUCUGCCUGAAAUCUUCAGGUCCUUGAUUCUGAAUUACUUUAGCACUCGACACUUUUUAUGCUUUAAAUUUUAGAUUAGGUUGGAAAAUUUAUUCAUCUUUUGUAUUCUUCACCAUCCUAGACCUUUUUUAAUACUCAGCAUUUGCUUCUACUCUGUGACAAAUUGUCACCAGAAAACUGAUUGUAAUAUUUCCAUAACCACAUGUAAAGCAUGGUUUUCAGCUGUGUUGUGGCCACAUAGACUUCAGAAAGUUUUCUGUUCCAAAAAUGCAGGCCUCCACAACUUGAACUCAACAUGGCAGUAGACCUUAGAGGGUCAGCCAUCAGUGGGGUGAUAUGCCUUAUCCCACAGGAGCAGAUCAGCUGUAGCAUCAUCCAAUAGAGGGCAGUGGUACAGCCACAGACUAAUGCUGGAAGUUACACUCUGUGGUAUUCGAUUAUAUUGUACGUAGGCAGAAAAGGAGACAUAGGACAGCAGUGUAAUAAUACGUUGCCUUGAGUCUACUUCUAAUUGCUUUUAGAAGUGAAAAGCAGACUGCUGAAAUGGAGUUCUGGUUACCACGGGCCAGAUCUUCAUUUAGUACAAAUAUCUAAAUGACAUCGAAGAUAAUUACCUUUAGAACUCUUCAAUAGCCAUAUUUACAUGCAAGAAAAUGGCUGCAAAGGCCUAACAUAAUAUUUGUACCUCUCUAAGACUUACAGAUUUCAUGUUUUAAUCAGACAAUUAACACACUCGUGCUGGGCUACAUUUCCAAACUUUUGCAUGGGAUAUGCACUACUAAGAGCCUGGGACAUGAGCACAUGUCUGCAAGCUGGAGAAGUCACACACAGAUCUACAUGCAUGUCACAUGUAAAUGGGGUACAGAUGCUUUUGUUAAUUUAUACAUGGUUUGGAGAACAUUCUUAAGUUAUGUGGCAUUUCAAUAUACUUAAGUAUUACAAAUAUUCAGUUAAAUUGUGCAUUUGAGUAAUUAGUAAUAAUAUAUAUGUACAUCAAAAUGAACUAAUUUCUUUAUGUAAUCAUAAUAAUAUUUACUGCUUAAUUUACAGAUUGUAAAUCAAAUUGUAUUUUCUGACCCUUGAAAAAGGCUGCUGAUAUAUACCAGUGGCAAGAAGGAAGAGCAGAAAGCAACUCAGAAAAGAUUAUGCUUCCAACUGGUUCACAGAGUAGGACAUGCAAGGCCUGAUUCACUGUUGUUACUUUGUUUUGGAAUAACUUCCUUAAUUUACAUGGGAUAACAAUAGUGAACGGAAUAAAUUUUCCUUUCUUCCAU